AAGACGAAAACCCAAAGUGAGAAAGCAAGAAAGAAGGUAUAAACAGUAUAUUGACCAAGUUAUAAAAGAGCUUCAUCCAUCACCCAAAUCCCCCUUAGGCCUUAACCUUAACUCUCUCUUUCUUUUCCUUUUCUUCUUCUUUCUUUCUUUCUCUUUAAUAACCUUCUUCAUCUCCCUCUGAAAUCCAAAGCAACAACAUAGCAUAGAUAUCAAUUUGCCAUUUUGAGCUACAUGGACAACCAACGCAACCAUCUUCAUUCUUUCGCUUACUUCUGCCCCGGAAAGUCAAUGGAGGAGCUGAAACACUCACUAUUAUGCACAACACUGGACCUUGAACAAACAAAAGCUGCAGUUCAAGCAGAGCUCAAAAAGAGGGAUGAUCAGCUUCACAACAUGAGGGAGCUUCUCAACAAGGCCAUAAGGGAAAGAGAUGAAGCUCAAGACAAAUACCAGAGGCUUAUCUUGGAGAAGUUAUUUCUUCAACAACAGCAGCAGCAAAAUGCUCCUCUCUCUGGAAUUUCAAGCAUUGAGGAUGAUCCUAGAAGAGGGAUUGACUCAAGCAAUGGCCUUUCAUCUUCUGAUUGUGAAGAAAGCAUAGUGUCCUCUCCAGUUAUGGAGCAUUUGACUCAACCCCAAAUGCAAAUGCAAAUGCAAACUCAGCCUCCACCACCACAACCACCAUUAGUACCAUCUUCUGUGAGUGAUUCAAUGAUUGAGUUGACACCAGAUAGGCCAUUACCUGAAAAGGGGAAGCUUUUGCAGGCAGUGAUGAAAGCUGGCCCUCUUCUUCAGACACUUCUCCUUGCUGGACCACUUCCUCAGUGGAGGCACCCUCCACCACCACUUGAGUCCUUUGAGAUACCCCCUGUCACUAUUCCUUCUGUGGUGGCACCACAACCACAACCACCGCAGCUUCUCCACCAAGACUCCUUCAUCAAUGGAAGCUGCAAUAACACUGCCACCAACAACUGUGGAAGGGUCAGUAGGAAAAGGGCUUUCUGUGAGAGCACUGAUUCUCCUUCAGAGACCAAGUUCCAAAGGAUUGUACUCCACUGACUCUGUCACUACUACUUCUACUGCUACUACUACUACUAAGUAGUACUAAGUCAAAUUCGCUCAUUUUAGUUAAAAUUUAUAUAUUUACAAUCUUAUAGGCUUAAAAAGAUUAGGAAUAGCAAGGUGGUAUUGCAACUGAUCUAGCAUAUGUACAGUGGUUUGCUCUAGAGCGGUGAGUUUAUCCGGAUUUUAACUAUGUUGGAGAAGAUUAAAAAGAAGCAAAGGUCAUGUUUUUGGCUUUUGGUGAUACUGGGGUGGAUGAAGGAACUUAUCCUUGGCAUUUUCACCCUUCUCUUCACAUUGUUCUUUUGUUACCGUGUGAAGAAGUGAAAAGGGUCUCUGAAAUUGUAAUGUAAUGUAACUAAGAUACUGUAGCUCAGUUCAGCAAGUGUGUGUGUGUGUGUGUGUGUGUGUGUUUUGUGUGAGAGAAUGAGAUUGAUCUGUGUAUAAGAUCACAUCAACAAUUAAGAGGGAUGAGUGAUUGGGUGUGGAGUCGUUGGGGUUGGGAGAUUGGUGUGGCCAACAACCAAAGGGAAGGCCUUUGAGCUCUACUUGUCGGGUUAGAGGGACCCACAAAUCAGAAUCAGGAUCUAUUACCGGUGUGAUGUAUGAUUAUAUUGAUCUUUUUUGUUUAGGCAACUUAAUGAUUCUUCAAGUCUCUAAUCUUCUUUUGAAGGAUUAUUAUUUAUCUA